ACCCACUUGACAUGUCACUAUCUUUAUCCACAUCAAUAGAUUUACUGUAUAUGAAUACGUGAGAGCACUCCUAUCUAGACAUUAUGGGCACACAAAUCGGUGAGAUGAGUGAUUUGAUUUUAGUCGCUCUCAUCGCCGGUCUUCUUAUUACACUGGCAGUGUCAUAUGUUUUCCGAUCAAAGAAGAAGAAUAAAAAUUUACCACCAAGUCCGGUCGGUUUUCCUGUGAUCGGGCACCUACACCUUCUCAAAGAACCUGUUCACCGUUGCCUCCGUGACCUCUCUCAGAACCUACGCAGCGACGUGUUUUUUCUCCGCCUAGGCUCUCGUCGAGCUGUGGUUGUGACGUCAGCUUCCGCUGCGGAGGAGUUCUUAUCACAGCAGAACGAUGUCGUUUUCGCCAACAGACCUCAGGCUACAUUUAGUGAUAUCAUUUCUUACAACUACACGGUGCUUGCCCCCGCUCCCUACGGCGAACACUGGCGAAGACUCCGUCGUUUAUGCACCGUAGAUAUCUUCUCCCCCGCUCGUCUCAGAGAUUCCUCGGAGGUUCGGAGAGACGAAGUGAGAGCUCUGCUUCGGACGAUUCACGUAUCAACAUCAGGAGGUAAUGACUCGGUGAGAGUGAAUCUUAGGCCGUUAUUUUCUACGCUUACGUUUAACAUCGUUAUGAGCAUGAUCGCCGGAAAAAGAGAGCAAGACGAGGAAGCUAAGAAAUUUCGAGAGCUGGUUAGGGAUGUGUUCGAGCUCGCUGGUGUUACUUACGUCGGAGAUUUUCUUCCAAUUCUGAAGAUACUUGAUUUCGAUGGAAACAUAAAGAGAAUGAAGAUACUCUUUACGAGAAUGGAUAAGUUUUUUCAGGAUUUGGUCGAUGAGCAACGGAGAAACAGAGGAAAAACAGAGUAUGAGAAGACUAUGAUCACUCAUUUACUAUCUCUUCAAGAAUCGGAACCUGAGUAUUACACUGACGAUAUCAUCAAAGGACUCGUACAGGUGAUGUUGCUCGCCGGAACAGACACAGCGUCGGUGACGUUGGAGUGGGCUAUGGCUAACCUUCUCAAUCAUCCAGAAGUGUUAAAGAAACUGAAAACAGAACUAAACGACGUGUCGGGAGAAAUGCGUGUGUUGGAGGAUUCAGAUGCAAGCAAGUGUAUGUAUCUCAAUAAUGUGGUAUCCGAGACUCUACGUUUGUAUCUGCCAGCGCCGUUACUUGUCCCACACGCAUCAUCCGUUGACUGCAAAGUUGCUGGAUAUGACAUUCCACGUGACACUUGGCUACUGAUAAAUGCGUGGGCUAUUCAGAGAGACCCGAAGUUAUGGGAUGAACCUGAGUCUUUCAAGCCGGAGAGAUUCGAAUCAGAGACGCAUCGUGGUAAGUUUCUGCCUUUUGGAAUCGGUAGGAGAGCAUGUCCAGGUAUGGGCCUAGCUCAACUUGUACUGAGCUUGGCUUUAGGCUCAUUGAUCCAGUGUUUUGAUUGGGAGAGAGAUGAUGACAUGGCGGUUGACAUGUCGGAAGGAAUUGGUCUUACCAUGCCCAAAGCUGUACCUUUAGUUGCCAAGUGCAAGUCUUUACCAAUCCUCGACAAAGUUGUUCUUUAACUGAAUCACAUUCAGGAUCUUCCACUUUGUAAUAAUACUACUUCUGUUGCAUUAUUUUAAGAUAUUGCAAUUUUAAUGGAUGACCAGUUUUCAUAAUUA